AUGGUGACCGGGCACGCGAGGCUGGGCCUCGCCCGCAACGCCGUGGCGCUGUUCUUCAUGAUGCUCGAUCUGGACGACGGCGUCUUCGUCGACGCGGUGGCCGCCGCCGCAGGGUUCGCGGCCUGCGCGGAGGCGAGGGACCUCGCGCUCACCCGGGAGGCGCACCGGCGCGUGGCGGCGGCGCGGGUCGCGCUCGAUGUCGUGGCGUGGAACGCGCUCGUGGACAUGUACGCCAAGUGCGGCGACGUGGCCGCGGCGCGUCGGAGGUUCCGGGGGAUGCCGGUGACCAAGACCGUCGUGUCCUAG